CAAUAGGAAUCAUGAGCCGCGAGAUUGCGUCGGCCACGUUCCAGAUGUCCAAAUAGUUCCCCCAACGAACGCACAAGCCGGCGAAAGACCGAUCGAACGAACGAGCGGCCGGGCGAUUGCAUGAACCAGUCAAUCUGUCAACCAGACGAACGCCCUCAAAAGCCCGGACCGACGAACGAACGAACGGACAAUCGAACAGCCGAGCAAUCGAAUGGAGGAAAGUUACUUUGGCCAUUCUGGGACUUGAUAAUGCUGGAAAGACUGCAACUAUCAGAAGCAUUCAAGGAGGAAGCCCAGAAGAUGUAUCCCCUACUGUCGUAUUUUCUCCCGUGGACCUGAAACAGGGACAGUACGAUGUGUCCAUCUUUGACCUUGGUGGGGGAGAGCACAUGCGUGGCAUGUGGAAGCACUACUUCGCUGAGUGUCAUGGUGUGAUGUUUGUGGUAGACUCCAGUGAUGUCCAGCGCAUGCAGGAAACCAAGGACACACUGACCAAGGUUCUGAGACACCCCUGCAUCACGGGGAAGCCAGUUCUUCUGAGAGAGCGGGCAGAAAGGGUGCGCAAGAUUCGAGAGGAGAGGGAAAGGAGAGCGCAGGAGGAGGCUGAGGGUAAGACUGCAGAGCUGGAUCAGGGGGAGAACAGCAUCAUGGGCAACCCUGUCCAGCCAUUCGGCGACAUCAUCCCAGAGAUGGUAACGAAGACAGAGAGCAAGAAGGACAGUGGAGAGAAGACUGAUCAAGCAGACCACAGUCCAAAGAGGAAGAGGACGCUGCACAUCUGGAGGAAGAAUAGAGUUGCACUUCUAACACAAGAUGGGCCUGCUAAAACACACGGUUGUCUCAAGAGCUGGUUUGGCUGGUUCAAACGCAACAUGGUGACGCCACAGUGAUGGGACUCCUCCCUCAAGGCCCCUGCGUAAGAUGGCUCCUCCAAUCCCAGCUGCCAAACCCAAAGGGUCUCCCACCUUACCCCAAGAGCUCUGCCAUAGAGAAGGCUGGUGCCAUAUUCUCUCAGAAGAGAAUGCAAAUGGUAAAAAACAUUAAGAUAGAUAGCAGCAAAAAACAAACAAAAAAAAAUUAAAAAAUUUAAAAAGAGUAAAAAAAGAGUAGACUGGAAAAGAAUUUUACCAUCCAAUUUUAAGUGUUUCUGUGUUUUAAACUUAUGCUGUGUCCUGCUACUACUAUUGCUACUGCUACUACUACUGCUGCUGCU